AUGACAGGCGUGCUCUGUGCCGCGUCGCCCACGGCUCUCCACCCACCGCUUGGCAGCCCCCGGGAAGGCGGUUGCUUAACUCCUUCGCCUUCGUCCUGUCCUCUUAUCCUUCACAACCACAGCGCAUUCGCCGACGACGUCGACAAGGAUAAGAUAGCACGGGGUACAGCUGAACAAGCGAAUGUUGGCACACCGUUGCCCUCCCCUUUGUCCUUGUCGUCGCCCGUUCGUGCAGGCCUACCGAGGGACACUAUAAAACCUCACUCUCGGUCGCCUUCUGCCUCCGCUGUAGGAGACUGUGGACCCUCAAGUGCUGCAUUGUCAUCUCCCCAAAAAGACACGGCUCUGUCAAACACAGCUUCACCAUUCUCUCCUCCUUCAACUCUACCUCCUUCUUCCCUUGCCUCAUUUUCAUCCUACGCCUCACUCCAGCCCCAGGCUCAUCGGGCCAAUCCUGCCCCGAAGGUCAUGGCCUCUUCGGUUUCCCGACAACAUAAACCCGACGCUCUCUCGCUCGCGCUACCGGCUUCGCUCAACAACAUGCUUUCAGCCAGCGAGAAAAAAGCAUCUCAAUCGCAAUCUUCGUCGACCUCGUGUGCUACCUCGACCCUGUCCAGCGCACCAAAAGCUGCAAUGAAUGCCUCAAAUGGCGCCGCAUCCUCGCAGAGCCUGACUGAUGCGCUCAACGACCUUGCAAAAUCCCGUUCAACCCCCACGACCCUUCCUACGCCCACCACUGCUCGGACUUACACUUCCACCACCAGCGCCGAUACCACUUCCUCCGAUGUAGCCGCGACAAUCCUGGCCUCGACGCUGCAAUCGCCAUGCUUUUAUCAUCAGCGAUUCGCAGAUGCCGUCGAUAUCGGCAAGGUUCUGGAGGAGAUUAAGAACGAUGUCUCCAUGUCACAUUCCCGUCUCGUCGCUACUGCGACUGGCGUUCGAGAAGUCUCGAAGCAACUUCAGCGCCGUCCUAUCAAGCGUGCCGUCCGCAACAUCAUGAUUGUCACCAAGGCGCGCGACAAUCAGCUCGUCUAUCUCACUCGCGAGCUCGCCGCCUGGCUCCUGCGAACCCCACGCUACGGCUCCGACCUCGGCGUCAACGUCUAUGUCGACGCAAAGCUUCGUGGUUCCCGACGCUUCGAUGCUUCUGGACUGCUCGCCGAGAAUCCGCGGUUCCAGCAUAUGCUCAAGUAUUGGACUCCUGAUUUGUGUUGGAGCCAGCCCGAAAAGUUCGAUCUCGUCCUGACUCUCGGCGGCGAUGGCACCGUUCUUUUCACCUCUUGGCUUUUCCAGCGAAUCGUGCCCCCGGUACUCUCAUUCAGUCUUGGCAGCCUCGGCUUCAUGACCACUUUUGAGUUUGAAAAGUACAAGGAGCACCUCAACAGAGUGAUGGGUGACGAUGGCAUGAAGAUCAACCUCCGCAUGCGCUUCACUUGCACUGUUCACCGUAGCAAUCGUGGGCCCGGUGCUCGCGGCGCUGCACAGCCCGAAGAAUCUGAGCAAUUUGAGGUGCUCAAUGAGCUCGUCAUCGAUCGAGGUCCUUCCCCUUAUGUCUCAAACCUCGAGCUGUACGGCGAUGACGAGCUUCUCACCGUUGUCCAGGCCGAUGGCUGCAUCUUCUCCACCCCUACAGGUUCCACUGCGUACUCUCUCUCCGCUGGUGGUGCUUUGGUGCAUCCAGAUAUUCCUGCCAUUCUUCUCACACCCAUCUGCCCCCAUACCCUUUCGUUCCGGCCCAUGGUUCUCUCUGAUACCAUGGCCCUCCGCGUCUCUGUUCCGCGCAACUCUCGAGCAACCGCUUAUUGCGCUUUUGACGGCAAGGGUCGUCUUGAGCUCCGCCAGGGCGACCACGUCACCAUCACGGCUUCUCAGUACCCGUUCCCCACGGUCACACGUACCGACACAGAGUGGUUUGACAGUGUGAGCCGCACUCUCCGCUGGAACGUGCGUGCUGCUGCACAGAAGCCUUUCGAUGCCGACACGGCAGAGAACGACAAUGAGGACGACCUUGGUUGGGAUAUCGAUACCGACAGUGCCUGCUAUGCGAGCGAAGAGGGCAGCGUCAGCGCAAGUCCCAUCCGUCGUCAGAUGAGCCUCCUUGGACUCUGA